AGUUGUCCACUCAAUUGUCUCCGUUUAAGAGUUUUUGUACAAAUAGCGGUGAGAUAUCUGCAGAGAUAGGGAACGUCUAACACGAAGACAUGUCUCGCCGUAACGACCACUUGAAGCUCGAGAUCCCGGAUCUGGUGAGCGAUCCGAAGACCAAGAAGACGUACCGGAAGGGAAAGUUCUUGGGACGGGGAGGGUUUGCCAAAUGCUAUGAACUCAUAGACACAUCCAAUGGUGACAUCUUUGCCGGCAAAGUGAUCGCGAAGUCACAGCUCACUAAACCUGACCAGAAGAGUAAGAUGACUCAAGAGAUCGCAAUCCACCGCUCGAUUAAACACAAUCAUGUGGUGGAGUUCAUGACAUUCUUCGAGGACAAG